AUGGCCACCGCGACGGGUCGCGACACGCGCGCUGCGAGGUCGAGAAAGCGAGCCAACGACGAGGAGCUGGGGUUCCCCAAGAAGCCCAGAAUCGAGUCCAAAACGGACCCUGCAAGAUGGAGGUUGAAGGACGACGACAGCAGGCAUACUUGGCACUAUCUUCCAGAUGCCAAAGCUGCCAAGGAGUGGCCGCAGAGCUACGCGGAAAAAUGGUACCUCAAUCUGCCACUGGGCCUCCCGGAUCUUCCCAAAGCAGAAACCCCCUUAGAAGCGACCAAGAAUGGCCUCACCUUCUUUGAGAAACUCCAAUUGCCCUCGGGGCAUUGGGGCUGCGAGGACGGCGGGCCUCUGUUCUUGCUCCCAGGCAUCGUCAUCACCUGGUACGCGACGAAGACACCGAUUUCAUCGGCAUGGGCGACAGAGAUCAAGAACUAUAUCUUUGCGAGGGCAAACCCCGAGGACGGCGGCUGGGGCCUGCAUAUCGAAGGCGAGAGCACCGUUUUUGGAACAACCCUCAAUUAUACGGUGCUCCGGCUCGUCGGCGUCGACCCCGAAGACCCGGUUAUGGUCAAGGCCCGAGGCACGCUGCACAAACUGGGAGGAGCAGUCAACUCUCCGCACUGGGCCAAGUUCUGGCUCGCCGUCCUGGGCGUCGUGGACUGGGACAUCGUCAAUCCGGUGCCGCCAGAGAUUUGGCUGUUGCCUGACUGGGUCCCGAUCGCACCCUGGCGCUGGUGGAUUCACAUCCGCCAGGUAUUCUUGCCCAUGGGCUACCUCUACUCCAAGAAGUGGAGCUGUGAAGAGACAGAAAUCAUCCGCGGCCUCAAGGAAGAGCUCUUCGUCCAGCCGCACGCCGAGAUCAACUGGACAGCGCACCGAAACAGCAUCGCAGCCGUCGACAACUAUCAUCCCAAGUCGUGGCUUUUGAACACGGCGAACUGGUUCCUGGUGAACCUCUGGAACCCGUAUCUGCGGCCAAACUUCAUUAAGGACAGGGCUGAAGCAUGGGUGAGCGAGCUGGUCGACAUGGAAGACGCAAACACCGACUAUGCCUGUUUGGCCCCCGUCAACGCGCCCAUGAACACGCUUGUCUGCUAUGUCCGCGACGGCCCUGACGCAUUCAGCGUCCAGAGGCACAUUGAACGUCUGCAAGAGUUCCUGUGGGUCAAGGAUGAGGGCAUACUGUGCAAUGGUACUAAUGGCAUGCAAUGCUGGGACACUGCUUUCUUGAUCCAGGCUGUAUUUGAAGCCGGCCUGCAGGAGGACAAGAACUGGAAACCCAUGCUGGAGCGCUCGCUCAACUAUCUUGAACGCCAGCAGAUCCGAGAAAACUGCAAGGACCAGGAGAAAUGCUACCGACAGCCACGCAAGGGCGGGUGGGCGUUCAGCAACCGCGACCAGGGAUACGGAGUCAGCGACUGCAUCUCGGAGGCCCUCAAGGCCAUCAUCCUGCUGCAAAACGUUGGUGGACUUACCAAGAUUCUCAGUGAUCAGCGCAUCUUUGACGCCGUCGAUACACUUUUGCUGUAUCAGAACGACAAUGGGGCCUGUUCGUCUUACGAGGCGCGUAGAGGCGGCGAAUACAUGGAGAUGCUGAACGCGGCAGAGGUCUUUGGGCGCAUCAUGAUCGAGUACGACUAUCCGGAAUGCACGACGGCGUGCGUGACGGCGCUGUCGCUCUUCAACAAGCACUGGCCCGACUACCGACCCGACGAGAUCAAGCUGUUCAUCAAGCGAGCUACCAACUGGAUCAAAUCCAACCAGCGGUUGGACGGCAGCUGGUACGGCAGCUGGGGUAUCUGCUUCACGUAUGCCACCAUGUUUGCACUGGAGAGCAUGGCCAGCAUUGGCGAGACGUACUCCAACAGCAAGAUUUCCAAGGCCGGAUGCGAGUUUCUGCUCUCCAAGCAACGCGAGGACGGUGGUUGGUCGGAAAGCUACAAGGCUUGUGAAAUCAUGAAGUAUGUCGAGCAUCCCUACGGCUCGCUCGUGGUGCAGACGGCCUGGGCGCUGAUCGGCCUCAUGGAAGCCGACUAUCCCAACGUUGAGCCGCUGAAGAAGGGCAUCGAGCUCAUCAUGCGACGGCAGCAGCCAAACGGCGAGUGGCUCCAGGAGGCCAUCGAGGGCGUGUUCAACAAGUCGUGCAUGAUUUCGUACCCCAACUACAAGUUCACCUUUACGCUGAAGGCGCUGGGAAUGUUUGCCAGAAAAUAUCCUGAUGUCAAGGUGGACGUUUAG